AGUGUGCCUUCACGAUGGGCCACGUCAUACCGGAAAACAGUCAUGGCGGACACGAAGUCCUCUGUGAUUGUAGUUUUGUUGCUUCUAACAGUAUUUGCGUGCGGUUUGUAUUUCAGGCAUUAUGGAUUAUUUUACUCUACCUUCCUGGCUUUCGCUGUUGUAUGCUUGUUCCUGCAAGCGAGGAGGUUGCGGGCAAGUAACGGACUGGCAAACCGCAGCGUGUGUGUCUUGGUGUUGGGAGAUAUUGGACGAAGUCCUCGCAUGCAGUACCAUGUCGUGUCCCUCAGCAAACACGGAUACAACGUUUCAUUUGUUGGCUUCCUUGGCACAAAGCCCCACCAAGAUGUUCUUGGAAAUGAGAGAAUAAAGAUUAUCCCAAUUUCAGAACUGACAGGGCUUACAGCUGGCCCAAAAAUCCUCAGAUAUGUCACCAAAGUGAUUUUACAAUCACUGCAACUUUUGUAUGUGCUGCUGAAGAUCGAUGCUCCCUCUUAUGUUCUCAUGCAGAACCCCCCUGGUUUGCCCGGUAUUGCAGUGACGUGGUUGGUGUGUUUGUUACGAGGCAGCAAGUUCAUCAUAGACUGGCACAACUACGGCUACACCAUCAUGGCACUGACUCAUGGAGAGAAGCAUCCCAUCGUCCGGGUUGCCAAAUGGUACGAGAAGUUCUUCGGCGUUUUUUCUCAUCACAACCUCUGUGUCACUAACGCCAUGAAGGAAGACCUGCGGAGAAACUGGAGCAUAAAGGCAACAACACUGUACGACAAGCCCCCCCUGAUGUUUAGGGAGGCCCCUUUGGAGGCCCGGCACGGUCUCUUUAUGAAAAUGAGGGAUCUCUAUUCUCCGUUUAAACCACCGGAGGAGGCUCACGGCGAAGGGGUGGAGAGGACGGCAUUCACAAAGCGGGACGGGGGCACGGGCACCGUCACCCUCGCUGACGGACGCCCCGCCCUGCUGCUGAGCAGCACCAGCUGGACCGAAGAUGAGGAUUUCUCCAUUCUGCUGAAAGCAUUGGAAGAAUAUGAGGAGUUCGUCGAGGGCGGGGCCUCAUUGCCUCCUCUGGUCUGCGUCAUCACAGGUAAAGGCCCACAGAAGGAGCACUACAGAGCACUGAUUGACACACUGCAGCUCAAACAUGUACAGAUCUGCACACCUUGGCUGGAAGCUGAGGAUUAUCCCAUCCUUCUCGGAUCGGCUGAUCUUGGAGUCUGCCUGCACAAGUCCUCCAGUGGCCUGGAUCUGCCGAUGAAGGUGGUGGACAUGUUUGGCUGCUGCUUGCCAGUCUGUGCCAUACACUUCCAAUGUUUGCAUGAGCUGGUGAAACAUGAAGAGAACGGGCUGAUAUUCAAGGACUCCCAGGAGCUAGCUGAACAGCUGAAGACACUUCUGUCAGAGUUCCCGGGAACAGAGGGGAGGCUGGCUCGCUUUCGGAGGAACCUGAGGACCAAUGAGCAGCUGCGAUGGGACGAGAGCUGGGAUAGAACUGUCCUCCCUCUGCUGGCCGCUGACGCCAGCUGACCAAAGACCCCCCCCUCCCCAAGUCAAGUGAAAUUGGGUCAAUCAAAAACAGCUGAACUAAAAUAAUAUUGCCCUUGAAAGUGAAAUGUGCACUUAAAAAGCAAAUGGGGGCAGGUUUCACAGGACAUUAAAACCCAGGAAAAGCAUUUAGUUGACCAACAUCUGUAAAGCGCCCUUGCAGGAGCCAUUGACUUGGCACACAUUUUGUAUGCCCAACUUAAUUUGUUCCAUGGUGGUUCUUUUUGUGUACGUUUUUUUUCCAGAAAAUGAUCCCCAGAAAGAUGCCCUAUCUAAUGGACAUUUCUGCAGUGAAGCUUUCUGUUUUCACAGAUAGCAACCUUGGGUGUCCAUUUUCGUACAUUCCACACAGAAAUUGAAACUUGAAUAUAUGUAUGUCAAUACACUAGAACUGUUCAUGUAAAUACUUUAUUAUAAAGCAUUGUGUUGCAUAAACAUUAUGCAUUUAUAAAUGCAGUUUUAUUAUCUCAA